CCAACAUAGCUCCCGGUACUUUGCUGCAGCCAUAUCUUGCACUAGCUUCUCCUCCCUCCGCGAGCACCGCCAUUGCCCUUGACCUAACCUGCUUGGUAGGAUCGACACAGCGCACAAGCUAAUAACCUUCUUGUGAAGGCCAUGGAAACACUAUCUCUAGCUGUAUGGGCUGUUGCCUCGGCCAUGGCCGUGGUUUCUUUCCUGUGGGCGUAUAGAUGGAGCCAUCCCAAGGUAAACGGCAGGCUGCCUCCGGGCUCCCUCGGCCUCCCUCUCCUUGGCGAGACCAUGCAGUUCUUCGCUCCGAACCCUACUUGCGAUGUCUCCCCCUUUGUCAAGGACAGAGUGAACAGGUACGGUACUGUCUUCAAGACCAGCGUCGUCGGGCGGGCGGUGAUCGUGUCCGCCGACCCGGACCUGAACCACUAUGUGUUCCAGCAAGAGGGGAAGCUGUUCGAGAGCUGGUACCCGGCCACGUUCACCGAGAUCUUCGGCCGCGACAACGUCGGCUCCCUCCACGGCUUCAUGUACAAGUACCUCAAGACCCUCGUGCUCCGGCUGUAUGGCCAGGAGAACCUCCGGGCGGUGCUCCUUGCUGAAACUGAUGCCGCCUGCCGCACCACCCUCGCCUCGUGGGCAGGCCAGCAAAGCAUCGAGCUCAAGGACGGCCUCUCCGCCAUGAUCUUUGACAUUACUGCGAAGAAGUUGAUCGGCUACGAGCCGUCAAAGCCAUCUGAGAACCUGAGGAAGAACUUCGUGGCCUUCAUCCGCGGCCUGAUCUCCUUCCCGAUGGACAUCCCCGGCACUGCAUAUCAUGAGUGCAUGAAGGGGAGGAGGAACGCCAUGAAGGUGCUCAAGGGGAUGAUGAACGAGAGGAUGGCCGACCCGGGGAGGAAGCGCGAGGACUUCCUAGACAUCAUGAUCGAGGAGCUGAGAAAGGAGAACCCCGUCCUGACGGAGGCCGUGGCGCUGGACCUCAUGUUCGUGCUCCUCUUCGCGAGCUUCGAGACGACGGCCUUGGCCCUCACGCUAGGCAUCAAGCUCCUCACUGACAACCCAAGGGUGCUCGAGACGUUAACGGAGGAACACGAGGCGAUUGUCAGGAACAGGAAGGACCCAGAUGCCGGCCUCACAUGGGCAGAGUACAAGUCCAUGACCUUCACCUCUCAGGUCACGUUGGAGAUAGCAAGGAUAGCCAACAUCGUGCCCGGUAUUUUUCGGAAGGCCUUGCAAGACAUUGAAUUCAAAGGCUACACUAUUCCAGCAGGUUGGGCAGUCAUGGUUUGUCCUCCAGCAGUGCACUUAAAUCCAGAAAUUUACGAAGAUCCAUUGGCGUUUAAUCCAUGGAGGUGGCAGGACAAGAUGGAAAUCACCGGAGGAACCAAGCAUUUUAUGGCCUUCGGUGGAGGUCUCCGGUUCUGUGUCGGAACCGACCUCACCAAGGUCCUGAUGGCAACCUUCAUGCACUGCCUGGUGACAAAAUACAGAUGGAGGGUGGUGAAAGGAGGGAACAUAGUCCGUACCCCAGGACUGAGCUUCCCAGAUGGGUUUCACCUUCAGCUCUUCCCUAAGAACUGAUAUCGUAAUAGCACCAGCGGGCUUCUUGCAGAUAAAAUUACAAUAAAUAAAUACGUGUGUAAAGACGGCACAUCUAUGUGGUGAAGUACUCUGAGGUCGUUUUAGGGCACCUCUUUAACUCGUUGGUACUCUGUUUCAGUAGUGUUAUGUAGGCCUCUAGUCCAACAGAAAGCAAUUGCUGAUUGUUUCCCCUGAUAGUAGUUAGUCGUCCACAUGGUGUCCCCAUGUUGUACGAGUCUACUCAUAUGUUGUAUAUCUCUUAUUGUUUAAAUACAUUUUGCAAAUUAAAGAAAGUGAUUAGGUGCGUUUGUUUGUA